UUUUCGCAGGCGGCCCCAGCGGCAGGAUCCAGUCCGGCGACAAAAACUCCGGCGCCAGGAUUUGGGCGCCGCCGCGGCCUGCGCCCAGUGGGCGGGGCCAGGCGGGGCCGGGCGGGGCCGGGCGGGGCGGGGCGGGCGAGAGGAGGGAAGUUGUCGAAGUUAGGGGAGACGCCCGCCCGCCUGCCCGCCCGGGCCUCGCCUCCGGCUGCUCCCUCCGCCUCUUCCCCGCCCCGAGCCCCCGUCAGCCAGUCCUUCCUUCCCCUCCCGUGCAUGAUGGAAACACCAUGGCUGCGGCGGCCCAGCUCUCUCUGACACAGUUAUCAAGUGGGAAUCCUCUAUAUGAAAAAUACUAUAGACAGGUUGAUACAGGCAAUACUGGAAGGGUAUUGGCUUCUGAUGCUGCUGUAUUCCUGAAAAAAUCAGGACUUCCAGACCUGAUACUUGGAAAGAUCUGGGAUUUAGCUGACACAGAUGGCAAAGGUAUCCUGAACAAACAAGAAUUCUUUGUUGCUUUGCGUCUUGUGGCAUGUGCCCAGAAUGGAUUGGAGGUUUCACUGAGUAGUUUGAACCUGGCUGUUCCUCCACCAAGAUUUCAUGAUACCAGUAGUCCUUUGCUAAUCAGCAGAACUUCUGCAGCUGAGCUCCCAUGGGCUGUAAAAUCUGAAGAUAAGGCCAAAUAUGAUGCAAUUUUUGAUAGUUUAAGCCCAGUGAACGGAUUUCUGUCUGGUGAUAAAGUGAAACCAGUGUUGCUCAACUCUAAGUUACCUGUGGAUAUUCUUGGAAGAGUUUGGGAGUUGAGUGAUAUUGACCAUGAUGGAAUGCUUGACAGAGAUGAGUUUGCAGUUGCCAUGUUUUUGGUAUACUGCGCAUUGGAGAAAGAACCUGUGCCAGUGUCCUUGCCUCCAGCCUUGGUGCCACCUUCUAAGAGGAAAACGUGGGUUGUAUCCCCUGCAGAAAAAGCUAAAUAUGAUGAAAUCUUCUUGAAAACUGAUAAAGAUAUGGAUGGAUUUGUGUCUGGAUUGGAAGUCCGUGAAAUCUUCCUGAAGACAGGUUUACCUUCUGCCUUACUAGCCCAUAUUUGGGCAUUAUGUGACACAAAGGACUGUGGGAAGCUUUCAAAAGAUCAGUUUGCCUUGGCUUUUCACUUAAUCAAUCAAAAGUUAAUAAAGGGCAUCGAUCCUCCUCACAUUCUUACUCCUGAGAUGAUUCCACCAUCAGAUAGGGCCACUUUACAAAAGAACAUCAUAGGAUCAAGUCCUGUCGCAGAUUUCUCUGCUAUUAAGGAGCUAGAUACCCUUAACAAUGAAAUAGUUGACCUACAGAGGGAAAAGAAUAAUGUGGAACAGGACCUUAAGGAGAAAGAAGAUACUAUUAAACAGAGAACAAGUGAAGUUCAGGAUCUUCAAGAUGAAGUUCAAAGGGAGAAUACUAAUCUGCAAAAACUGCAGGCCCAGAAACAGCAAGUACAGGAACUCCUUGAUGGGCUGGAUGAGCAGAAAGCUCAGCUGGAGGAGCAACUGCAGGAAGUCAGGAAGAAGUGUGCUGAGGAGGCCCAGCUGAUCUCAUCCCUGAAAGCUGAAUUAACUAGUCAAGAAUCACAGAUCUCCACUUACGAAGAAGAGCUGGCCAAAGCUAGGGAAGAGCUGAGUCGCCUACAGCAAGAAACAGCAGAGUUGGAGGAGAGUGUGGAGUCAGGGAAGGCCCAGCUGGGCCCUCUUCAGCAGCACCUGCAAGAUUCACAGCAGGAAAUAAGUUCAAUGCAAAUGAAACUGAUGGAAAUGAAAGAGCUGGAAAACCAUAAUAAUCAAUUAAAUUGGUGCAGUAGUCCACACAGCAUUCUUGUGAAUGGCGCUACAGAUUAUUGCAGUCUCAGCACCAGCAGCAGUGAAACAGCCAAUCUUAAUGAGCACACUGAAGGCCAGAGCAACCUAGAGUCUGAGUCCAUACACCAGGAGUCUCCAGCAAGAAGUAGUCCUGAAAUACCGCCUUCUGGUGUGACUGAUGAAAACGAAGUGGUGACUACAGUUGUUAAGGAAAAAGUUUGUCCUGAAUUUAAUAGUGACAGACAUUCAAAAGAGGAAGAUCCAUUUAAUGUAGAAUCAAGUUCACUGACAAAUCCAGUUGCAGAUUCAAACUUGGAUUUUUUCCAGUCUGAUCCUUUUGUUGGCAAUGAUCCUUUCAAGGAUGAUCCUUUUGGGAAAAUGGAUCCAUUUGGAGGUGAUCCUUUCAAAGGUUCAGAUCCAUUUGCAUCUGACUGUUUCUUCAAGCAAUCUUCUACUGAUCCUUUUGCCACUUCAAGUACUGACCCUUUCAGUGCAGCCAGCAAUAGCAGUAAUACGUUGGUGGAAACAUUAGAGCACAAUGAUCCUUUUGCUCCUGGUGGGACGGCUGUGGUUGCAGCCAGCGAUUUGGGUGUACAACAUAAUGAUUCAACAUUUGUGUGCAUUGCAAAAUGAUCGCCUCAAUAAGUUUAUUUACCAUCUAUCACCAUACAAAGUUACAAAUUUUUUUCCUUGUGAUGAGAACUUUUAAGAUUUACUUUCUUAGUAACUUUCAAGUUUGCAAUACAAUAUUACUAACUUUAGUCCCCAUGCUGUACAUUACAUACCCAUGACUUAUUUAUUUUAUGAGUGGCAGUUUGUACAUUUUAACCCCUUCAUCCACGUUGCCCAUUCCUCAACCCCUCUCCUCAGAAUUAUUUCCGCUAAUCAGAUUAUAGAUGAUAUUUUUAAAUUAUGCUUUUAUGUAUUUCUCCAAAGUGAUCAUUACCUUUAUUCUUGGGGAGAAGAGGGUGCUAAUCAGAUUACCUUUGCAUUCAAAGUCUGAUUCUGCUGACCCAUGGCUCCUGUGUGCCUCAAGAAAAAGAAAGCCACGUACUGAGUUCCUCUCCCAGUAUUUCUGUGACUCCUCAGCAGGUGUCUCACACAUAGUGUGAACAAGUUCAUGCUCAGUGAGUCCUUCCAGUUUCUGGACAGGUCUCUGCUUCAUAUCAACCAUGAUCAAUAUCUGAGAAAGUUCUUUCCAAAGUCUUAUUUUCCCAAUUCAGGCAAAAGUGCUUUGUCAUUCAUCUAGGAUACAUUCCCCAGUGUUUGGACCAAUGCUGAGUUCAUUUCUUAUGAUGGAGGAUGUAUAGAAAAACUCUGAGGAGACCUUCAAGAUGGCGGAAGAGUAAGACAUGGAGAUCACCUUCCUCCCCACAAAUACAUCAGAAAUACAUCUACAUGUGGAACAACUCCUACAGAACACAUACUGAACGCUGACAGAAGACCACAGACUUCCCAAAAGCUGUGGGGCUGACAGGGUCUUUGUGCUCCGGCCGGGUGUCAGACCUGUGCCUCUAGGUGGGAGAGCCAAGUUCAGGACAUUGGUCGACCAGAGACCUCCUGGCUCCACAUAAUAUCAAGUGACGAAAGCUCUCCCAGAGAUCUCCAUCUCUGGAGAUCUCUGGGAGAGCUUUCGUCAUUUGAUAUUGUGGAGCCAGGGCUCCACAAUAUAUGUGGAAGGGGCAAAAAAGACUUUACAAAAAAGCUUUCACACUUUUACUUGUGGACAGAAAGGACCCAGCUCCACUCAACGACCAGCAAGCUACAGUGCUGGACACCCUAUGCCAAACAACUAGCAAGACAGGAACGCAACCCCACCCAUUAGCCUAAAAUCACAGUAAGGUCACAGACACCCAAAAACACACACUGGACAUGGUCCUGACCACCAGAAAGACAAGGUCCAGCGUCAUCCACCAGAACACAGGCACCAGUCCACUCCACCAGGAAGCCUACACAACCCACUGAACCAACCUUAGCCACUGCGGGCAGAUACCAAAAACAAUGGGAACUACGAACCUGCAGCCUGUGAAAAGGCGACCACAAACACAGUAAGUUAAGCAAAAUGAGAAGACAGAGAAAACACACAGCAGAUGAAGGAGCAAGGUAAAAACCCACCAGACCAAACAAAUGAAGAAACAAAUAGGCAUUCUACCUGAGAAAGAAUUCAGAGUAAUGAUAGUAAAGAUGAUCCAAAAUCUUGGACACAGAAUGGAGAAAAUACAAGAAACGUUUAACAAGGACCUAGAAGAACUAAAGAGCAAACAAACAAUGAUGAACCACACAAUAAAUGAAAUUAAAAAUUCUCUAGAAGGAAUGAAUAGCAGAGUAACUGAGGCAGAAGAACGGAUAAGUGACCUGGAAGAUAAAAUAGUGAAAGUAACUACCGCAGAGCAGAAUAAAGAAAAGAGAAUGAAAAGAAUUGAGGACAGUCUCAGAGACUUCUGGGACAACAUUAAUUGCACCAGCAUUUGAAUUAUAGGGGUCCCAGAAGAAGAAGAGAAAAAGAAAGGGACUGAGAAAAUAUUGGAAGACAUUAUACUUGAAGACUGCCCUAAUAUGGGAAAGGCAGUAGUCAUUCAAGUCCAGGAAAUGCAGAGUCCCACACAGGAUAAAUCCAAGGAUAAACAGGCCAAGACACAUAUUAAUCAAACUAUCAAAAAUUAAAUACAAAGAAAAAAUAUUAAAAGCAGCAAGGGAAAAGCAACAAAUAACACACAAGGGAAUCCCCAUCAGGUUAACGGCUGAUCUUUCAGCAGAAACUCUGCAAGCCAGAAGGGAGUGGCAGGACAUAUUUAAAGUGAUGAAAGGGAAAAACCUACCACCAAGAUUACUCUACCCAGCAAGGAUCUCAUUCAGAUUCAACCGAGCAAUUAAAACCUUUACAGACAAGCAAAAGCUAAGAGAAUUCAGAACCACCAAACCAGCUUUACAACAAAUGCUAAAGGAACUUCUCUAGACAGGAAACAAAAGAGAAGGAAAAGACGUACAAUAACAAACCCAAACCAAUUAAGAAAAUGGGAAUAGGAACAUACAUAUCCAUAACUACCUUAAAUGUAAAUGGAUUAAAUGCUCCAACCAAAAGAAAUAGACUGGCUCAAUGGAUACAAAAACAAGAUCCAUAUAUAUGCUGUCUACAAGAGACCGACUUCAGACCAAGGGACACAUACAGACUGAAAGUGAGGGGGUGGAAAAAGAUAUUCCAUGCAAAUGGAAACCAAAAGAAAGCUGGAGUAGCAAUUCUUAUAUCAGACAAAAUAGACUUUAAAUAAAGACCAGUAAAACAGACAAAAAAGGACACUACGUAAUGACCAAGUGAUCAAUCCAAGAAGAAGGUAUAACAAUUGUAAAUACUUAUGCACCCAACACAGGAGCACCUCAAUACAUAAGGCAAAUGCUAACAGCCAUAAAAGGGGAAAUCGACAGUAACACAAUCAUAGUAGGGGACUUUAAACACCCCACUUUCACCAAUGGACAGAUCAUCCAAAAUGAAAUUAAAUAAGGAAACACAAGCAUUAAAUGACACAUUAGACAAGAUGGACUUAAUUGAUAUUUAUAGGACAUUCUAUCCAAAAACAACAGAAUACACCUUCUCAAGUGCUCAUGGAAUAUUCUCCAGGAUAGAUCAUAUCGUGGGUCACAAAUCAAGCCUGGUAAAUUUAAGAAAAUUGAAAUUGUAUCAAGUAUCUUUUCCAACCACAACGCUGUGAGACUAGUUAUCAAUUACAAGAAAAAUUCUGUAAAAAAUACAAGCACAUGGAGGCUAAACAAUACGCUACUAAAUAACCAAGAGAUCACUGAGGAAAUCAAAGAAAAAUCAAAAAAUACCUAGAAACAAAUGACAAUGAAAACACGACGACCCAAAACCUAUGGGAUGCAGCAAAAGCAGUUCUAAGAGCGAAGUUUAUAGCAGUACAAUCCUACCUCAAGAAAAAAGAAGCAUCUCAAUUAAACAACCUAACCUUACACCUAAAGCAAUUAGAGAUAGAAGAACACAAAAAACCCAAAGUUAGCAGAAGGAAAGAAAUCAUAAAGAUCAGACCAGAAAUAAAUGAAAAAGAAAUGAAGGAAAUGACAGCAAAGAUCAAUAAAACUAAAAGUGGGUUCUUUGAGGAGAUAAACAAAAUUGAUAAACCAUUAGCCCGACUCAUCAAGGAAAAAAGGGAGAAGACUCAAAUCAAUAGAAUUACAAACGAAAAGGAGAAGUAACAACGAGACACUGCAGAAAUACAAAGGAUCAUGAGAGAUUACUACAAGCCAAUAAAAUGGACAACCUGGAAGAAAUGGACAAAUUCUUAGAAAAGCACAACCUUCCUAGACUGAACCAGGAAGAAAUAGAAAAUAUAAACAGACCAAUCACAAGCACUGAAAUUGAGACUGUGAUUAAAAAUCUUCCAACAGACAAAAGCCCAGGAUCAGAUGGCUUCACAGGUGAAUUCUCUCACACAUUUAGAGAAGAGCUAACACCUAUUCUUCUCAAGCUCUUCCACAAUAUAGCAGAGGUAGGAACACUCCUAAACGCAUUCUAUGGGGCCACCAUCACCGUGAUACCAAAACCAGACAAAGAUGUCUCAAAGAAAGAAAGCUACAGGCCAAUAUCACUGAUGAACAUAGAUGCAAAAAUCCUCAACAAAAUACUAGCAAACAGAAUCCAACAACACAUUAAAAGAAUCAUACACCAUGAUCAAGUGGGGUUUAUCACAGGAAAGCAAGGAUUCUUCAAUAUAUGCAAAUCAAUAAAUGUGAUAAACCAUAUUAACAAAUUGAAGGAGGGAAACCAUAUUAUUAUCUCUCUAUGACAUAAAUCACAGCAAGAUCCUUUUUGACCCACCUCCUAGAGAAAUGGAAAUUAAAAAAUAUAAACAAAUGGGACCUAAUGAAACUUAAAAGCUUUUGCACAGCAAAGGAAACCAUAAACAAGAUGAAAAAAUAACCCUCAGAAUGGGAGAAAAUGUUUGCAAAUGUAUCAACAGACAAAGGAUUAAUCUUCAAAAUAUACAAGCAGCUCAUGCAAGUCAAUAUCAAAAAAACAAACAACCCAAUCCAGAAAUGGGCAGAAGACCUAAAUAGACAUUUCUCCAAAGAAGAUAUACAGAUUGCCAACAAACACAUGAAAGGAUGCUCAACAUCAGUAAUCAUUAGAGAAAUGCAAAUCAAAAUUGCAAUGAGGUAUCACCUCAUACCAGUCAGAAUGGCCAUCAUCAAAAAAUCUAGAAACAAUAAAUGCUGGAGAGGGUGUGGAGAAAAGGGCACCAUCUUGCACUGUUGGUGGGAAUGUAAAUUGAUACAGCCACUAUGGAGAACAGUAUGGAGGUUCCUUAAAAAACUAAAAAUAGAACUACCAUACAACCCAGCAAUCCCACUACUGGGCAUAUACCCUGAGAAAACCAUAAUUCAAAAAGAGUCAGGUACCACAAUGUUCAUUGCAGCUCUAUUUACAAUAGCCAGGACAUGGAAGCAACCUAAGUGUUCAUGGACAGAUGAAUGGAUAAAGAAGGUGUGGCACGUAUAUACAAUGGAAUAUUACUCAGCCAUAAAAAGAAACAAAACUGAGUUAUUUGUAGUGAGGUGGAUGGACCUAGAGUCUGUCAUACAGAGUGAAGGAAGUCAGAAAGAGAAAAACAAAUACCAUAUGCUAACACAUAUAUAUAUGGAAUCAAAAAAAAAAAUGUUCUGAAGAACCUAAAGGCAGGACAGGAAUAAAGAUGCAGACAUAGAGAAUGGACUUGAGGACACGGGGAGGGGGAAGGGUAAGCUGGGACAAAGUAAGAGAGUGGCAUGGACAUACAUAUACUACCAAAUGUAAAAUAGAUAGCUAGCGGGAAGCAGCCACAUAGCACAGGGAGAUCAGCUUUGUGACCACCUAGAGGGGUGCUAUAGGGAGGGUGGGAGGGAGACGCAAGAGGGAGGAGAUAUGGGGAUAUAUGUAUAUGUAUAACUGGUUCACUUUGUUAUAAAGCAGAAACUAACACACCAUUGUAAAGCAAUUAUACUCCAAUAAAGAUGUUAAAAAAAUACUCUAGUAACCUACAUGUAGCAUAUUCUUCAUAUACAAGUGUCAUGUUUUUUAUUAGUGUCUUUCACAAUGUACACUUCAUAAUAUUUCAGUCAAACCUGACCUAACUCAGCAGUGUUGUCACAUGUGUUAUGACUGCUUGUAAAAGCUGUGGUACCAUGGCAGAGCAAAAGCGUGAAGCAGAUUUUUUAGUCCGUCAAGUGAAAUGAGCCCAACUCCUUUUCCAUCAUUACCCUUAUACCAAUCAGGAGAGCGUCUGCAUCCUGCUCAGGCUGUGCCUCAGCUGCCACUGCAUCAGGAAUUACAGGAAGAGGAGGAGAAAGAAGGGAAAGCCUGAAACAGCACCCAUGACUAGGCAGGGCCUGAGGCUGUGGGACGCAGCAGAUAUGUAGUAAUACAAAACCAUCUUUUAUGGCUAAAGCUGUAGGAUUUCCUGUAAGUCUGGACUCUCAACAUCUUCUUCAGGUUCAGAGUUAUUGGUGUGUCCCUAAAGGACUGAUUUUCUCUGUGCUUCUACCUACCUCAUGACUGUCUUGGUGACAAGAAAAAGAUAAUGUGUAUCUUCCUUGCCCCUCUUCUGUUUAUGUCCAUGGUGUACUCACUGUUAGAGGUAAGGGCACACUUUACACAUUUAAAUGAGUGGGUGAGCACACUUUGUCCUAAAACUGAUUUGAUGUAAAGAUGAGUUAAGGAAGAGCAAGGAGCAUUUUUCUACGCAUCUUUGCUCUGUCUUACCCUCUCUUUUGAGAUUCACUUUCUUCUUCCUUUGUUUCUUUCUGCUUUCCUAUAUCAAGCAGCAAUUCCUAUAAAUAUUCUUUGACCUUAUUGGUAGCCUUUAUGCCUGAACAGACAAAACCUAUCUCAAAGUAAGUCAGUUUGUUCCAGCUGAAAAUGUUAGUCUAUUUGUUAAGUGCACUAUGAUGGAACAGAUAACUUCUCAUGCCUGUGGAGCAGGGAUUAAAUACUGCUUUUGCAAUGACUGUUCCUUCUGCCUGGAAUAGAUUUCUCUCCCCCACCUCCAUCUAUUCAGCAGACUCCAUCCCUUAUUUAAAAGACCUAGGUCAAAUGUAAUGGCUUAUUUGAUGCUUUUCCCGAUUCUCCCAGCAGUUAAUGGCUUCUACUACAGGUUUUUUAUACCUCUCUAAUAGCUCAUUUAAGAUUAUUUUAUUAUUGUUUGUGUAUAUGUCUGUCACUAUACUAUGAACUUUUCAGACAUAGGAACUCUAUCUUCUUAUUUUCUUCAGUUUUAUAUAUGGCCAAUGAAUCUUUUUUGACCAUUCGUUCUUUGUUGGAUAAGUGUUAUUCCUUGUUUUUAAGGACCUUACAAUCUAGUAGGGGUGAUAUAUCAAUCACAGAUAACCAUAAUACAAACUAGAAUGCUGUCAGUGCCACAAAGAAGGAAGCAAUCACUUCUUGCUGUGUGAAUUAGAGAUACCUAGGUUAUUCUAGGCUUUGUGGAUAUGGUAGUAUUUGAAACGGACCUUGAAGGGUGUGUGUGAAAUGUGUAAUUAAUGGUGUAGUUUUUUUUACUUCAUGAUGUCUUUAUUAGAAAUAGUUUAAGCACACGGUAGCUAUAUUAUUUGACGUGUAUUCCAAAGCCUUAAACACUUUACCUAGAGUUAGUUCACCUGUUUUUGAUUCUUCAAUGAUUCAUCCGUGUGUUAACUGUCUUUGUGGGCCUAAAUUCAGGGAUUAAUAUUUGGCAUUCGAUAUUUUUCAUUUGUCUGAAUGUUACUAACCAAAAGAGGACAUGAAAUUUCAUGUCUUUCUGUCCUAUUGCAUUGAUUUUCUUUAUUCAUUUUAGCCACAGACCCCUUUGCUUCUGUUUUUGGAAAUGAAUCAUUUGAAGAUGGAUUUGC